UAAGUUGUAAAAUGAAUUAUUAUCUGAUAUAAUCGUUUCGUUUGCCAUCCACAGUUUCCAAAUGUAUAGGGUGUUUAUCUGUUUAUUUUAUUUUAUUUUAUUCCCUUGAACAAUAGUGUGUGUAAAAUCACCGAAAGCAGGAUUCCUACCCCGGACUUAAAUUUCGAGAAUGCGAUGCAGAGAAAUAGAAGAAACAGGGGCGUGAGACUUACAUUCGAGUCAUUCUAGUGGACGGAAGGACAUCGUCGAUGAUUCUUCUUCUUCAAGUGAACCUAACUGCUCUCCGUUCGCGCUUCAGGUUAUGAAUCGAAAGGAUCUCGAAUCCUGAGAGGAUUCGCCUUACGCUAUUCCACAUGAAUCUCGGCUCCACGAUAUCUGCUUGAAAAGAAAUCCUCACUCCGAAGAAAUAUCACUUGAAUGUUGUCAGGACGGACACGAUGUCCGUUCGGCAACAGAGUUUGGCAGACGCCCUGAAUGCAUUCAAGUCACGGAAGGUCAUCGUUAUGAAUGGCGCGACUGGAUCCGGGAAAUCCAUAACUGCAUGCGAUGUGCAUUGGCUGCCUUCGAAUCUCAACCGAGGAAGUUCAAAUCACCAAGAAUCUCCAAAAGUUCAAAGCUGCGCCAGAUGUGAUUGGCAAUUAAGGUGUCUAAAUCGUUUUUUCAAGGAGGUAUGACAAGAAUGAGCAAUGCAUGUGGUUCGGGCACGAAAUUGAACCUGGUGCAACGUAUCCUCGUUCCAUAUCAAGACAGUGCUGCAUUUUGCCAAUAGCCACACGGAACGGUUUUAGACUCCAUCAGGCGGCUGCCAGAAGAAUUUUACCACCGAAUCCGAGUUUCUAUAGAGCAGCUUGCACAAUGAACAACAUAUUCAAUUUUAAGUGGUGCCGCGCGGUGAGCGUCGUGCCGACGUUCAAGGACCCGAUCCCGGAGGCACCUGCGAAGCCGGCGAAGCCAAAACAUGUCAUAAUCCCGUGGGGCAAGGUCCCGAUCAUUUCCAAAGGCCUCGAGAAGAAGACCAUCGAGCAAGAGAUGAUGAAAUUACACUAUAUCUUUCGAAAGAUGGAAGCGAGCCAACGUCUCUUUCAUGAUGAAAGUGAAUUAGUGUUGCAACGGCAAAAAUCCAUGUUGGAUAGUCUUCAAUUUGAUAAUAAAGUUACACAAGAUAAACUUGAUAUCUUUUAUCCAGAGGAUUAUGCGGAAGAAAUGAGCAAGUUAAAUGCAGAAUGCAAGAUGUGGAUGGACAAAAUUGAAUUGGAAGUCAAGCGUGUCGAAGAGCUGGAAGGAGCGACGUUUACUUUGUAUGAUGAUGAAUAUAGAUCUAGAAAGGUUAUGGGAGGUGUAAAUGCUGCUAGAGAACAUGGUCAUGCAACCCAAAUCCACAUUCAUAUCUUGGAGAAGCGAGUUUUUAAAGCAAUGCAAGGCCUCACCGUAAUCCAAUGGCACAACAAGUUAAUGCAAGAUGAAAUGAACAGCUUACGGACAGAGCAUGAGCUCUUCGAAGAGUUGCAUGCCAAAAUGGAAAUUGAACUUCAAGAGUGCAUGGAACAAAUCGAUGCGAGCAUCAAUAAAAGCUAUGAAUUGUAUGAUGAACGGCAUGACUAUCAGAAACUCAUUUCAGAGAUUCUGGAGAUGAUGGAAGAAGGCGACGCCUACACGCGGUGGCAGCAAUACGGCACUUGGAUCGGUCUCGACGGAAGGCCUCUCGCGGAGACCGCGCUGUCCAGUGAGAAGGAGCGCACCGAGCGCAUGAAAAACAAGCGGCCCACUCUUGCUCUCGUGAAUGAAAACGAUAUGAAGAAGAUGUUCGUGAUUGAGGGUGCCGAGGCUCGCUUGAAGUUUAGGUCCAAGCCCCACACUAAGAAAUACGAACGUUUAAUUGAGAUCAAGGCGUUCAUGAACUGUCAACAGGUGUUGGGCCUUAGAAUGGAUCAGGCCGACGAGGUGUUGCCCGAGUUAAUAGCUGCUCGCGACCGCCACGCACAGCUUGUCCAAGAUGUUCAAGACCUCAACAACGAAAUAGAGGAAGCCAUCCGUUUCAAAUUGGGAAGGUUUGCAGACGAAGAUGCGGAAUGGGAUCUGUCAGAUACCAACGACUUCCUAGAUAUCAUUCGUGAAUUAAAGCGCCAGAUCUUUUUGGUCUUUGAAGAAGCUGGGUGCUUGGGCUGGGAUCCCAACCUGGAAUCCAAAAUCAGAGAAGACAAAAUCGACGAAGAAACUUCGAUAGAAGAAUCCAUUUCCAAGCUGUUCGUCAAGACAGAGGACUUCAUCUCUGAAUUGUCUCAACCUGUCGGCUUUGGACGUAUCAAGCCACCACAAUCUUCUGCAAAUCCAGCGUCAACACAAUCAACAACGCCUGGGUCCCCUUCAGAAUCGUCACAGUAGAAUAGAGUGCGAAGCCUGGUUUGAUUAUGCACAUUGUUACGAUCACAAGAAUCUUAAUGGAUUAAGAAAAAGAGGGACACGCCCUCUCACAGAAUCAGCCUUCAACAAUAGAAAGCCAUGGAAGACCAGUUUUCAAGACCCACGUACAGAAGUGGCCCAACAUCUUGCUGGAGCCAUUAAAUCAGACACAGCUUGGGAGGGUGAUGGAAGCUUACGAGCGUUCCAAAGAAAAACCAACGAAAACGAACAAGGACAACUCGCAAUCGCUCACCAACACAAGAGGGGUUCAGGGGUGGCAUUCAGCCCAAAUCGCCCACAUAGCUGCAACCAGUGGGACUUCCAGAUAGUGGUUCGAUGUCCAUCCAUUAGACAGUAGUUUCAUCAACUCCUUCAUGGGUGUUAUCAAUUGCUCCGUCCUAUUGCAUUCUUCCCACAUGUAUUGCUCUGUGGAGGUUGUUAAUCUAUACAUGGAAUCGCUCUGGUAUGAAGCGAAAGUCCUAAGUAAAAAAUUGUGGUUGACCGCACUAUACACUCGAAAAUUCCAGGUUUGAACCUGACAGGGCAAUUGUUUUCCUGAAUCACUCACGAACCCAAAUGGCCCAGCUAAAUCUCUUUCUGAUUUCUACAAAAGUUCAUCUUUUUCCACUAUCAUACAUAACUUCAGGAGUUGAUCUCAUGAAAUGAAUUGUGUUUCGUUUCUGUA